CUAAAGUGUAUUAUUAAAAUUAGUCAGAGAAAGACAAAUAUCAUAUGACUUCAUUCAUAUAUGGAAUUUAAGAUACAAAACAUGAACAUAAGUUAAGGGAAGCAAAAUAAUAUAAAAACAAGGAGGGGUACAAAACAUAAGAGACUCUUAAAUAUAGAGAAUAAACAGGGUUGCUGGGUGGGGGGGUUGGGCUAUAUGGGCAAGAAGCAUUAAUUAGGGCACUUGUUGAGAUAACCACUGGUUGUUAUAUGUAGGCGGUGAAUCAUUGUAUUCUACUCCUGAAAUCAUUAUUGUACUAUUUGCUAACUAACUUGGAUGUGAAUUUAAAAAAUAAUAAUAACUAAAAAGAGAUGCUAUAUAGUCCAAAAUAAUCCAUAUAAAAUGUUAAAAAUAAUGGGUAAAUUUAUGAAGAACAUUAAAUACAAGAUUACACAUAAAGCUCAUUUUUUUACAAAGCUUAUGUAAUUUUUAUUCCCAAUUUUUUCACCACCAAUUUUGUACAUGACAUUGUGCUAAGUUUUGGAAAAGAUAUAAGAUAGGUCUGUCUUACAAAAGGAAUUAAUUCUGAAAGUCUACACCAUUUCAGAUCUACUAUGCUAUGUUGUACCUAUAAAAAAUAUGCCUUCAAGAGUCCUAAGCUAUAAUUUGGGACAAAAUAAUUCCUAAGACAAUUCCCAAUGGCUAAGCUAGGUUCCUUGGGACCCAGAUAUAUCCGAUUCCUAAUUAUCUUUUUUUUCUUAUUAUAAAAACACACAUGGGAAAUAAAUUCUCCUCUGAGACUGUAGUAGAAAUAAAUGGGGGCAAUUAAGUUUUUCCAGCUCCAAAAUUUAGAAUAUAUCACACACACACAUACAUGCAUGCACGAGCAUACGCACAUGCGCCCAAACACAGACACAGAAUAGAAAAGUUCCCACCUCCACCUGCCACUUUAUGGUGUCAAUAUAGGUAUUAGAUUUGUCUUGCAGGACCAAAAUCAUCACAUAGAAAUGAAUAUGACUUGAUCUGUGGAUAUGUCUUCAGUGUCUCGAAGAACUCCAGUAGCUUUCAGGGUGAGCAGAUUUCUGAAUUUGGGGUGCAUUCUUAUUAAAGGGGUGGGUGCUAAUUAUGAUAGCUGACCCAGGAGGAGGCAUAAGAGAGUUUCCAUAUAGGGUUAUUCUCCUGACCUUUGAAAAGCCACAGUGUACCCCACUAUAAGGCAGAUUUUACAUACUGGCUUAUUUGCUCCAUUUUCACUUUGGAUAAAAACACUAAUGUUUCAGCGACUGAAAUACAAUCCAUAUGGGGAGUAUUCUAAAGAGAAGUAAUCAGUCCCACUGGCUGUUCAAGAUAGAAUUAGCAUUUCCAAAAGAAAAUGAUUUACACUGCCAUGGGAGAAAACAAAAGAGUGAUGACAGCCUUAUUCCGUAGUUUUCUGUUUCUCGUCUACUGUUCCUUUUAGAAAAUUGCUUACAGUUCAUCUCAUAGUUAUAAUCGUUGAAUUAUUUCACAGUUCAAAGAGCUCCUAGAUUUCAUAUACUCAGCCUUAAUCUUUUAAAAAAUAAAGAUAAAAUAUUUUAUAAAAGACAUAUGAGGAGAGAAGAGUCAAGUUUAUACAAUCUUAGAUUUCCAACAGACACAUCUCUGAGGUGGCAGGGAGGUCACCUCUCAUUUGUCCAGGAAGUACUAUAAAUUUUAACAUUGAUAUUUUUUAUCCAAAGAGAUGGUUUUCCCUUCAACAGUCCCUCUAUAGGACCAUCUCCUGUAUUUUACUACUUGUAGUUUUUCCCCUAAAUUAGCACAUUCCAGCCCAACAUAGCCCUCUUUUCCAGACUUCCACAUCUUAUUUGCAUCCAUCAUAUGCUCAUAACUUUGUUCUUAUCUCCUCACAAUCUACUAUCACACCAAAUAUUCUCCUUUUUACUCUUCAUAAAUGUUUUCUCAUUCCUUAUUCUCCCACGGCUUCCUUUUCUAUGGGCUUUAAAAAAUGUGUGGAACAUCUCCUGUAUACUAGAAUAAAUUAGUUUUGGAGACGAUGUAGGCUGAGAAAUAUUUGAUUCUAUGGCUCCCUGAAAUUGUGGUUUAGAAAGAAAAUAAAGUGCUGUUCUAAAGGAAAUGUCAAUUGUUUUAGUUUCAGAUGAUGAGUAUCUCCAUUCACCCUAGGGUCCACUGGAAGAGACUGUAGCCUUAGCACAUUAAUGUCUCAUAAGUUACUGCAUUCCCAGUGAUACUUCACCCACUAUUUAUGACGUUAGUGAUCCAAAAGCAGAAAUAGGUGGCCAUUUGAUGAUAUUAGGAAGGGGAUUACUAUGUUUUUUACCUUUAAUAUUAUGAUUCUAGUUUUCCGAAUUUAAGUUUCCUCCAAACAAAAAGGGGGCGGGUGUUGGACUAAAAUUAGCCCACUAAAAUCAUUGUCAGGGUGUUCACCAGUUAAGACUGAUUACCUUAAAGGUGAGUCCACAAGAACCUUUGAAAAUUAUUAACAUUUAAAAAUGGAAUAGGUAUAUCUGACUAAGAUAAUGAGCCCUUAGAACAUGUCAAAUAUUUCUUCAAUCCUUGAUCAUCCAGUUAGUCACUUAGUGGCCAACUCACCCUGGAGAAUGGACUAUAAAUUAUGAUAACCAAAAACCCUGGACACAUCCAGAUUCAGCACAUCCACUAAAUUCAGUCAGUUCAUCUUCCCAAUAUCUAAUGUGUAAGUAAUGGACCCAAACAGUGUAUAUGUCACAAAGUCAACAUAAAAGAUCAUAUUUAGUGACUGACCUUCAAGAAAGACAAAUUAGCAUUUAUGAAGAAGAAAAUCCUGCUGGUGAGUUACUCUCUGGACCUUUCUUUUUUCCUGCUUACAGAGCAAUUCUGUAACUUCUGUACCAUGAACUUCCAACAGAUGUUAUGUCAUUCCUAAAUGACACCAGCCUAACUCCAGUUUCAUUCAUCCUAAAUGGCAUCCCCGGGCUGGAAGAAGUACAUUUGUGGAUCUCCUUCCCCCUGUGUACCAUGUACAGCAUUGCCAUCACAGGAAACUUUGGUCUUAUAUACCUCAUUUACUCUGAAGAAGCCCUACACAGACCUAUGUACAUUUUCCUAGCCCUUCUAUCCUUCACAGAUGUGCUCAUGUGCACCAGCACUCUUCCCAACACCCUCUGCAUAUUGUGGUUCAACCUCAAGGAGAUUGAUUUCAAGGCUUGUCUGGCCCAGAUGUUCUUUGUGCACACUUUCACAGGAAUGGAGUCUGGGGUGCUCAUGCUCAUGGCCCUGGACCGCUAUGUGGCCAUCUGCUAUCCCCUGCGCUAUGCUACUAUCCUCACAAAUUCAGUCAUUUCCAAGGCUGGACUCCUCACUUUUCUUAGAGGUGUAAUACUUGUUAUCCCUUUCACUUUCCUCACCAAGCACCUGCCAUACUGCAGGGGCAAUGUCAUACCUCACACCUACUGUGACCACAUGUCUGUGGCCAAGAUAUCCUGUGGCAAUGUUAGGAUCAAUGCCAUAUAUGGUUUAAUGGUUGCCCUCCUGAUUGGGGGCUUUGACAUCCUGUGCAUCACAAUCUCCUACACUAUGAUCCUCCGGGCAGUUGUGAGUCUAUCAUCAGCAGAUGCCCGGCAGAAGGCCUUUAGCACAUGCACUGCUCACAUCUGUGCCAUUGUCAUCACCUAUGUCCCAGCCUUCUUCACCUUCUUUACUCACCGGUUUGGGGGACACACCAUUCCUCCACAUAUACACAUUAUUAUGGCUAAUCUCUACCUGCUCAUGCCUCCCACAAUGAACCCUAUUGUGUAUGGGGUGAAAACCAAGCAGAUACGAGAAAUUGUUAUUAGAUUCUUAUUUAAGGAAAAGGACAAUUCUCACAACAUUUAAGUAGAGUCUUCUUAGAAGUUAGAAUUCUCUUAUCCAGGUUGAGAUAACCAAGUCUGUAGGGAACUCUACAAAUGAAAGCAGUUAUCUGGCCACAGGAAAUACUUU